ACGUCCCCAACCUCCGAGUAGGACAGCAGCAUCAGCGAGCUCUUCUGAUCGGGUUUGAACAGCGUGACACCAGUCCUGAGCCAAGAAGGAUGGGUUCUCAGUCUACCGGCCAGCAGGAUUCUCCUGUGGACCCCUGGGAAGGGGUCAGCAAUACCUCUGGUGAUUUGGAUCGUUCGCCCAGCCCCUCGGACACUGACCGUGCCCCUUGCCAAUCAAACGUCCAGCUCACGAGGCACAGGGCUGCCUGGAUUAAUCCCCAGUGUGCACAGUUCCAGCUGCAGAAUUUGUCCUGCCAGGUGCCAACAGCAGGGAGCAGUGGGAACCACUUCCCCAAGGACACCUCAGGUUCCUCUCCCUUGGGCCCUUCCCGGACAUCCAUCAGGGACUCCCUGAUGGAGACACCAUUGUCGGGCGAUACCCUGAACUCUGCCUGUGGCUCCCACAAAAAGGGUAGAGACUUCUCCUUGGCUUCCACAGAAAAGCAGGUGGCACUUCCCAGAAGCUCUCCUCGGGCGUCUUGGUUCACAGACUCAAAGAUUUUGGCCGUCUCCCCAUGCCCUGAGGUUGACAGUGCUGUUUGCAAGCCUGCCCACCUUCCAGUUUCCGCUGAUGAAGGUGCUGCUCGAGUUAGUAGAAAAGCAAUUUCCUUGAAUUGCUUCACACCUGAAGCAUUUGUGCUCCCUGUUGAUGUAGAAAAGGAAAAUGCCCACUUUUAUGUUGCAGAUAGGAUUAUAUCAGCAAUGGAGAAAAUGAAGUAUAAGAUUCUGAGUCAACAGAAGACAGAGAGCUGGACUAUAGAAGAAGCCAGCGGGUCACUGGAGAAUGAUCGAGCUGACUCUGAAGAGACCUUAAAUAACAACAUAAAGCAAGAAUCUGGGUCGUCUUCUUCUGACAGUGGCUAUGAAGGUUGUGCUGUGUUACAAGUCAGCCCAGUGGUUGAAACAUCUACUCCUUAUGAUGUGGGGAAAGAGGCCUACAAAUGUGCCUUUGAGGAAUUUGUCAUUUUAGAACCUGGAGACUUUAAUGCUGUCACUGAAACCUGCGGCUCUUCUUCCAGCUCCUCUCAAAGCGUCACGUAUGAGCCAGACUUCAAUUCUGCUGAACUGAUCGCCAAAGAGUUGUACCGGGUUUUCCAGAAGUGCUGGAUGCGGUCGGAAGUUCAUUGUCAGCUGACGGGAUCCCUGAAUGCAGCCAGCUCAGUAGUUUUAAAGGAAGAGUGUGUCCGAAAAGAGUUUGAAUCCAGUGUGGAUGUAGUGCAGAAAAUUAAAUUGAAGUCUAGGAUCAGACGGACUGAUGACUGGGACCCACCUAGAUUUCAAAUCAUUUUUAAUCUUCAUCCACCUCUCAAGAGGGAUCUCGUGGUAGCAUCACAGAAUUUUUUGUGCACUGGCUGUGGAACUCCAAUAGAACCUAAGUUCGUGAAGCGGCUCCGGUACUGCGAAUACCUGGGCAAGUAUUUCUGCGACUGCUGCCACUCCUACGCCGAGGCCCGCAUCCCCGCCCGCAUCCUCACCGCGUGGGACUUCAGGAAGCACUACGUCAGCAAUUUCUCCAAACGGCUGCUGGACGGCAUAUGGCACCAGCCCCUUUUCAAUCUGCUCAGCGUCAACCAGGGCCUCUACGGGAGAGUCAAGGAGCUUGACAGAGUGAGGGAAAUCCGGGAGCAGCUUUUUCACAUCAAGAAGUUGUUGCAGACCUGCAGGUUUGCCGAAAGUGCAUUAAGUGAGUUCAAACAGGUCCCUAAACACUUGACUGAUGAGCUCCACCUCUUCUCUCUGGAUGACCUGGUCAUGGUCAAAAAAGGACAGCUGGCGCCUGUGCUGAAGGAUAUUCUACAAGUUUCCCUCGCGCACGUGGCCAGCUGUGAGCUGUGCCAAGGAAGGGGCUUCAUUUGUGAAUUUUGCCAGAGUACGUCUGUUAUCUUCCCAUUUCAGACCACAAUCUGUACACGAUGUUCAGCAGGGUGGAGGAGGCCCUGAUUUCUGGAUUCAGACCCCGUCCCUUUGCAGAAUGGGGCUGAGCAUCUGUGAGAUGACCCCUCUCGCCUUGCUUGCAGUGUGCAGAGCGUGCUUUCACAAGCAAUGCUUCCAUUCCAAGUGCCCCCGCUGUGCAAGGAUCAUGGCCAGGAGAAGACUGUUGGAAAGUUUGCCCUCUGCUGCAACGUGAUACCCCCGAAUACUGUGAAAAAGACUUUUCAGCACACCUUAUAACACCAGUGUGUGUCUGUCAUUGAUAACAUUGUUUUAGAUGGCAGGUAUUGUAUAUUAAGAAAAAAACAGAUGGCUAAUAUUCUUUUUAUUGUAUUAAUAUUUAAUGAUUUAAAAAAUGCAGAUUCUUUGUUAAGAACCCUUUUAUGGAUAGUUUUGUUUACAAAUGUUCAAUGUUUUGGCUGCUACUUUUUUUUUUUUUUCUUCAGUGUUUUGAUACUGAACAGUUGUCUUUGGCGAAUGCGGGAGUCUAUUUUUGAUGAAUUGUAACUGACAAGCUGAAUUACUAUUUCCCUUCUUUUAAAGCUUGUUUGUGAAACCGAACAAAACUGGGACCAAAAAUCUGUUGCUCAGGUUUUUUUUUGGUUUUGUGUUUUGAAGAAACAGAUUUCUACUGGGUGUAGUGUGUCUAGUGUGAUUUUUAAAUGUCCUUUUGCCACUCUGUCGGCUUUACACAUUUUAUUUAUUCCAGGGUUUGUAUAAGGAUUAAGCAGUGUCACCUAUUUCAAAACGAGUUGAGCGGCUCAGUGUGCUGAGGUCCACUUGAGGUGCUAUUCAAAGCUACUGCCCCUAGAGGACACUCUUUCACGUGGCACAAAUCACACUUGUAUCUGUCAGCUCUAGUCCACACACUGCUAAGUCCUGCCCUUUAGGAUCUUCCUUCGUAAAUAGAAAACUGAAAAUAAGGAUUUGGGGACUUAGAAUAAGCUGCUGAAAAUACUCUUAGUGAACAACAUGAUUCUAGUAAGAGCGUUAAAAUUAGAGACAGAUGGAUCACUAAACUUUAAGAAUCUCUUUUCCCCCUAAUAUGUCCCAUAUUUGUGUGCAUUCUUAAAAUACAUGAAUCUGUUUUUCUCUUCUACCUCCUAUAUACUCUCUCCUACCUGAGAAAGGAACCCUGGGGCUGGGCACCUCGGCACAUCUUGGGGCUGAGCGGUUGGUUUUCAGUCAGGGGCUUGUAUUACCUAGGAUUCACCCAUCCUGACUACAUCUUCUCGAAUGAACUUCUCAAAUGGCACAGGCAGGCAGUAAAGUGAAACGGGCUGUUCUCUUCCUGCCUCCAGUCCUCCGUGUGUGUAUGUUUCAUUCAGUGGGACAAUUUGGAGUCCUUGAAAGAAAUGAGUGUCUCCUCUCCAUCUGGUGCCGUCUCAGCCUGUGACCCUUUCUUUAAGCCAGGUUUCCUUUAAAUAGAAAUUCAGGUACAGAGAAUAAAUAAGAUUGGAUUUUAAAACUGCGUUUCCA